AUGUCUACUGGCCAAAAGACAUCCGGCCCCGAGGGCAACAAGCUCUUCACCCGCAACCACCUCUUUGACCUCACCGGCAAAGUCGCUCUCGUCACGGGCGGCGGCACAGGCAUAGGCCUAAUGGCAACCCAAGCCCUCGCCUCCAACGGCGCAAAAGUCUACAUCACCUCCCGCAACCAAUCCAAGCUCGACAACACCGUCCAAACCUACGGCCAAAACGUCCCCGGCUCCAUCGUCCCCGUCGUCGCGGACGUCACCAAGAAAUCCGACAUUGACAAACUCUACAAGGAAAUCGAAUCAAAGGAACCCGCCCUCGACAUCCUCGUCAACAACGCCGGCGUCUCCAGCGCCGCCUUCGAAGUCGAGAGCGACUCCGCGCAGGACAUGAAAGCAAGCCUCUUCGACGACGCCUCCGCCGACUUCGAGGACUGGACCGAGACCUACCGCACAAACGUCGCGGCCGUCUUCUACGUCGCCGCGAGCUUCCUCCCCCUCCUGCAGAAAUCCACAGACGAACAGCACGGCUGGUCCGGCACCGUCAUCAACAUCAGCAGCAUCAGCGGCAUGAUUAAGAAGUCGCAGCACCACUUCUCGUAUAACGCGUCCAAGGCGGCGACGAUCCACGUGAACCGCAUGCUCGCCGAGGAGAUUGCGUUCAAUGGGCUCAAGAUCCGCGUGAACAGCAUCGCGCCUGGUGUUUUCCCCAGUGAGAUGACGACCAAGGAGCCGGCUGAUGAGGAGCAGAAGAGCGAGAUCCCAAAGGAGAAGUAUGCUGAUAAGGUUAUUGCGGGACGGCCUGGGAGGGAUGAGGAUAUGGCGUCUACGUUGCUGUUUUUUGCGUGUAAUCAGUAUCUGAAUGGGCAGACGCUUGCUGUUGAUGGGGGGUAUACUCUUGCUGCUGGGAUGUGA